CACUAAUCAUUUCAAGAAAUUGCGGGUUGCGUAACACAUUGAAUGGAAUCCCGUUUGCACACAAUCCUCGAAUGAUCUUCAUAUCCACAGCAUUUCUCUCCAACACGCCAAAGGAUUCUUCAAGUCGUUUCUUUGAAGGUGCAUUUUUGGAGAGGAAUCAAUGGGGGCUGUCCGGGUCGUUGGUCUGGCUGUCUGGGCUCCCAGGCCGGCUGUUUGGGUCGGUUGUGGGGCUGCCCGGGCCGGUUGACCAGGCUGUUUGGACCGGCAGUGAGGGGCUGCCCAAUUGGGGCAGCAGGUUGGGUUUUCUGGGUCGGCAGGUUGUCAGGCUGAUCUGGUUGUAAUUGGCACUGUUCCGGCGGGUGCACCGGGCUUGAGGAUAAAUCCUUAGUCCCGAGUUCGCGACACAGGCUUUGUUCAUUUCAGGCAAUUUAAGAAACGAAUGUAAUAUGG